CGCGGCGCCCUCCUCCUUCGCGUGAGACCUCGGCUCCCGCGAGAGUUGACUCGUCAGCCAACCACGGCACUUAAAACGCUUCCGGGAACCGGAGAUUCAAAUGAGUGGCGGGCUCUGUGUUGCGUUUUGGUCACCAUGGACCCGAUCCGGAGCUUGUGUACUAAGCUGCGGUCUGUGGCGGUCACCUUGGACCGCGAGACGAUGCGGCUGCAGCGUGCGUUGGAGGGGAAAGACAGCGACUUUGAAGAUUAUGCAGUGAGAAUUCUAAAUGACCUUCAUUCAGAAGUUCGGACUCUAAAGGAUAGUGUCAAUAUUCUUCUUGAUAAAGCAAGUUUGGAAAGACAAGAAAGCAUUGGUUUCAUUAAGGCAACAAAAGUACUGAUGGAGAAAAAUUCAGCGGAUAUCAUGAAAAUAAGAGAGUUUUUCCAGAAGUAUGGAUAUAAUCAAUGUGCCAAGAAAAAUUCAGAGGAUGAGCAAGAAGUUGUUGACUCUAAACCAGAGUCCAUUAGGGAUGAAAAUCUUCAAAAGUCUGAUGUGCAGGAUGAUGUAUCUAACAACAGGGACAACAGUUGUGUUGUUCCAAGCAGCUCUGUUUCUGAGAAGAUUCCUUGUAGUCCACAACUUUCAGAUUUUGGACUUGAGCGAUACCUGAUUUCUCAAGUUCCACAGAACCCUCCACAGGCAGUAAACAACCAAAAGGAAGAGCCAAAAAUGUUAACUCCAUCUUCCAAACAAUCAUUAGUUAAAAUACUAAAAACUCCAAAAUGUGCACUAAAUAUGGAUGAUUUUGCGUGUCUGACUCCUAAAUUAGAGCAUUUUGGUGUCUCUGAAUAUACUAUGUGUUUGAAUGAAGAUUACACAAUGGAACUUAAAAAUGUGAAGAAUAAAAGCGAGGAAACCAUAAAAAUGGAACCAAUGUCCAAUGAUAGUGCCACUUCUAGUGUAAUGAACAACCAAUUGGAAAAAAAUGAUACCAAAUAUACAAAGUCUCCCUUGCCUCCUACGUUCUCUACUCCAGGUUUGAAAAUUCCUUCUACAGAGAGCAAUGCAGCCUUGGUAUCCACAGGUUAUCAAUUAUCAGAAACAAAUAGUUCAUCAGAUGAUUUGAAAAUGAAAGACUGUACAUUGUUAAUUUUAAAUUCAGACAAGUGCUUUGAGAAUUGUGCUGCUCCUUCUUCCCCUGUGAUUUCUUCUUAUGAGAAUCUGCUCAGAACACCCACACCUCCAAAAGUAACUGCAAUUCCAGAAGAUGUUCUCCAGAUUUUAUCAAAAUACAACACAAACCUAGCUACUACUCCAGUAGCAGUUAAGGCCAUGCCUCCCAACAAAGCAUUCCUCACUAGAUGCGAAGGACAAAACAGCUGAGAUGUUGGCAACAAAAAACGAAUGAAAGAAUUCUAGUGGAUCCAUCCAUCUAUCAUAGAAACUGAAGAGAAUGAGAUGAAAGCAAAGCUGGACUUACUUUGUUUUUUACAUUCCCGUGUCUCCUAGUUUAAAAACCAACCCAUAUCAAAAAUGGGCAUGGACAUUGAUGUCAUAAUACAUUUUGUAUUAAGUUUUGAUUUAGUUUAACCUCAGUAUUGUUGAGAUACAGCUCAGUAAUCUAGUUUUUAAAUAACAUUAUUUCAAUGAUUUCAGAUUUACCAUAUCUAAUCUAACAAUGGAUUAAGUAAUACUACUAGGAAGCAGGACCGGUAAUUUUUCAAAUUUAACUGUUGUUCACAGCUCAAAUAAAGUCAUCUCCACUCUUCUCUAAGCUGGUUAGUUACUAUUGUCUGCUAGACACCGCUUCUCCCUUAACCCUAAUUCUGCCCUUCCCCCGUCCCUCCAUAACUGUCCCAGAGUCUCUUACACCUUUCAUUUCAACAUUUCUCUUUUAAAACACAAUUGUUUUACAAAUGACAGCUUAAUUUAGGAAAAGAAUUUACAGGCCAGGAUAACUGCACUGUAGCAGGUCUCAGGUAUUGGAAUCAGGAACUCACUUGCUGUCAGGAUAUAUUUCUUUUUACUCCCAAAUGUUUUACUUGGUGUCCAUUUCAUCAGGUCAACUCAGCUCUUUCCACACAUGGUGCUGGCCUCUCGAAGUUCCUCUCCAGUGGCUACCCAGACCCUGAGGCCACCUCUGAUUCCUCUUCCUGGGCCAAGUGCCCUUCUCCAGACUGUCGGCUGUGGCCACAGGAACCAAAAGACUGCAUCUAGAACCAUCUGAUAGCUUCACACCUUCCAAUAUAAGUACAACUGAAUAGUAGUUUUAUCUAAGUUCAUGCAAGUACUUCAGCAAGUGUCUCAGAUUAUAGCCAGUGGGAAAAUAAGAACCUAGCAUAUUGUGAAGACCAUUUUAGAAUUUGAGAAAAAACAACUGACAAGUAACAUGACAAGAUGCUUCACAGGCUUAGCUAUGGGAAAUUUGAUGCAGUUGAGUACCCUCUUCUAUAACUAUGCCUUCAAAGUCUCUUCAUUUUGUCAGAAAAUUGUCAUUAAAACCUGAUUUUUUCUGUGUUCCAGGAAUUACUGUGUAGUUGUAAUUUUUGUUAAAUUUCUAUCAACCUUUUCACCAUUUACUACAGCUUGCAUGAACAGAAAUGCACAGGAUGGGUGGACUGGAGGGAGGGUCCAGUGUCCUAGGACUGAACAUGGUAGACAAUCAAGCGAACAAGUCUGAAAUCAGUAAGUAGGAAGAAAGGAUUUCAAGGUCAGUAUUGCUGAGAAUCCAAGUAAGGAGACAGAGUUGACCAUUGGACUUGGUGGCAAGAUGAAUAUUGAUGGCACUGAUUUUGAUUGUGUACUGGGGGACUAAAGAGGGAAUAGGGUGAGGAAAACGGACUGAGAUCCCUUUACAUGAGAAGUGGUGCAGCGGUUAGAGGGUGAUAAGGAGAAAAUGUAUCUAAGAUAGCCCCUCAAAUUUAAUUUGUCCAAAGUUUCUCUUUCCCUGAUCCUCCUGUGAUCACAGUUUCUGUUACUUAGAAUUAAUGAUGCUUCCAGCUUAUCAAGCUUCAAAUGUGAGCAUCUUUAAAGCUUACCUCUCUGCUGAAGAUUGUCUUUCCAUUCCUGUAAAAAUUAAACUCAAGUUUGACCCUAUAUGAACUUCUCCCUCUCCUAUAAGUAUGCUAUCUGCCCAGAAUGUGUAUGGGCAGGUGGAAUCUGUGACUUUGUCUUCAUAGAUGCCUGGUCAUGACUAAUCCUUUCUAACAGAAUAAACAUUCCUCUUUCAAGCUUGUUCCAUUGCAGACUCCAAGUAAUUCCACCUGUUGGCAAAACUACCUGUAUCUAAGCAAUAAAAUACAAGAACAUGGACCUCACUUGGCUGCUCAAACUGGGAACUAUGACCAUAUUUCUUUAAAAGAAGUGUGUUCAAUUCCAUCAGGGCACAUACAAGAAGCAAACAAUGAAUGCAUAAAUAAGGGGAACAACCAAUUGAUGUUUCUCUCUAAAAAUCAAUUU